GCCUUGGCUCUGAUGAUGUUCCAUGGAGUCGACUCAACAACAACAGCAAAAAGUAAAUGCAAGAGUUCCGCCAGCGAGAUAGAAAUCUAAUAGGAUGGAGAGCCCACACGAACACCAGCAGAACUUGCUGCUGUCGCGCAUCAUCACCAACGUCGAGAAGUUGAACGAGGCUAUCGUGGUGAUGAAUAAGACUCUGCAGGAGAUCAACAAAGAAAACAUGAACAUUGAGCUGGUGGCCCAGAUGUUCAAGAACUACCAAUCCAAUGUGCUAUUUCAUUUGGAAGCAACCGACAACUUGAAGGAGCCAGUAUGAACGAGAACCCCUUUUGGGAGUCGCUUGUUGGUUCUUGUGAUGAUGGUCCAGCAAGAUAGUGGGCCAGAGAUAAAAACCAUUAGCCAAUGGAUUACGUGAGCUUUUGGGACACCUAUCCUAGCUGUAUUUCGUAAAGACCUGAGGUGUCUGAGUGAAUCGAGAUAAUCUGGUAUUGACACUCUCACUCAUGUAGACAUCGAGGUGGUCGUCAACGUAUUCCUGAGGUUUAGGUACAUGUAACAAUACCUCAUACCCCGUUAACCACAUGGCUGUUUACCUUGG